AUGUUAAACGGAGGAUGGGUAUACGAUUUGUCAGACUCGUACCAGAUUGCUUUCUAUGCGUCUGGUGCUUGUGCAACCCUUGGAGCGUGUUUACUGUUUCUCAUCCCCAUAUUGAUGCCAAAAGAGAAUGCGCAUGAGAUUCAUAUGGAUGAUUCUAUGGAAUCAAAUCAGAAUAGCGAACAGCGUUUAAUAAAAUCACCCAUUUCCUCUCAAGAAGAUAACGAAGUCACAUUGCGGAGUGGAGCUGCAAGACAUUGUACUGUUAGAAAUUCGUACCUGGAUAAGUACUGGGAGCAAUUACCGCAGCGAGCUAGCUGCAGUAGCUUCUUCGGGCCUGGAGCACCAUUUGGUGUCAUACCAUCAUUACAUCUCAGUAACGAAACACUUUUAGUAGUAGAACGAGUUUCCCAGAAAGCACUUUUAUUGGAAGGAGGAAAACUGCACAUUAGAGACUUACAAGAUAAAAUGGUUGAACUUGGGUUAAUAUCACAAAGUGCUAAGUCUUUGGGGAACUUGGAGUCCAUUCUUUACAAAGAGACCUUCAAUGAUAAUUCCAAGUUCAAAAGAAUYGAAGGUCGCCUUGGUUGGUUUGCACUUGUGGGGUUUGACGUUGAUGAUAUGGAAUCAAUCAAAAGCUCUUCAGAUGAAGAUCAAUCAGAGCCCAUGGACACUGUGAACUCAUCUCCAAAUAUAAAGUCAAAGAGAGGAAUGCAUCAUUAUGACUACAAGAAAAAAUACUAUGCCUUAAGGAAAAUUGUAAAAGAACUUGUGUUUCUGAAUGCUGCAACUGGUGAUGAUAUUAUGAGGACUGAAGCUAAAUUAACCAAGGCAAAAGCAGAAAGGAAGUUUUUAUUAAAGAGGCUUUUUCAAUAUCAAGCUGCAACAGAGGCAGGUGUCCUACAGCCUCUUGGAUUGAUGACUUAUGAACCCACUGCUGUAACACCAACUGAGUUGCCUGCAGCUAUCCCAAAGAACAAUAAAACCAAAGUCAAGAAAAAGGUUUUAAARACAAAAGAAGAGAAAGGAAAUAUGUCGAAAACAAAAAGUGCAUUACAUAAAAAGCUCACUCAGGCCAAAUUAACAGCUCAAGCAAAAAAUAUGGCCAAGCUACAGUAUCAGAGAACACCAGCCAAAACACCAACAAAAUCACCAGCUCAAAGUAAACUGCAAGAAAAAGAGCAUUUUACAGAUGAUGUACAACAAUCAAAAACACAAUCGCAAGCAACUGAUGCUUCUCAACAACCAGCUAAUAAAGAAAAAAAAACUGAAAAGAGUAAAACAUCAAGGCCUAAAGCAAAGAAACCAAAAYCAACUGAAAGCUCUCAGGCUUCAGGCACUACUACRGUAUCAGCCAAGAAUGAAGGUUUGGAAUUAGUGAAACCAAAACGUAAGAAACCAGGAACUGCAAUAAAGAGAAAAGUUCAGCCRAUCCCUGUUGAUARUAAAGGUAAACCAAUAUUUCCAAUAGUACUAGGUGGCUUGACAGUACAUAGUCUUGGAGAGAUUGUUUCAGACAGACCAGGUUUUCAUUCAGAGAGAUAUAUCUGGCCUGUAGGCUACUGCAGCUCUCGGACAUAUCCAAGUAUAAAAGACCCAGAAAAAAAGUGUAUUUAUACAUGUAAAAUCCUUGAUGGUGGAUUUGGACCUCAGUUUGAAAUGUGUCCUGAAGAUGAUCCAGACCAUCCUAUCAAUGCAUCAUCUGCUACUGCUUGUCACUGUGUUGUAUUGAAAACUCUCAACAAGGCUAGGGGCCGUGAUGCAUCUAACACAGGCUCAGGACCAGAGUUCUUUGGAUUUUCACAUCCAACUAUUCAGUAUCUCAUUCAAAACCUUCCUGGAGCCAAGAAAUGCAGCAAGUAUCAAUGGGUGAAAUUUGAGCUUCCAAAGCCCCAGAGCAAGCAAGGUGGCAAACUUUCAUCAGCUUGUAAACUCAACCUUGAUGGUCAACUGUCGCCAAAUCAAGAGACAUCCCAUAAUUUAUCAUCAUCUUCCAGCCARGAAGAUGUUGGUAUUGACAGUACACASCACGACAAUAGUAACCUUACAUUACACUCAUCAGCUAUUGCAGAUAAUGAUGAUGAUAUCUUUGAAGACAUUGAUAUAUCGACCUCGCUGAGACCUCUUGCUCUCGAACCUUCUUCCAACACUUUAUCAGGACAAUUGGGAACUGGUAACGAGAUUGAUACAGGUAUCGAUCCUCUGAUGUCUUCACCAGCCAGUAGUUCUUUUUCCACAUCUCUUCCUAUCACACUAUCCCCCCCUUCYUUAACAUCCCCAUCUCCAACCGUCACUGGCAAUGGCUCCUUUAUCAUGCCAUCCUUAUUUGGAAGUACAUCAGGAUUUCCUUCAUCAGAGAUUUCAGACUUAACCAAGCAGUGAUACAAAUAGAAUAAAUAAUGACAUUUUUCAUAUUAAUACAAAAAUGAUCGAAGCGGUCGCGUGUAUAUUUUUACCACAUUUUAUUCUUUUGAAAAGAGUGAGUAAAAAAAAUCAUUUUUCCCAAUGUAUUCAAUUCUAGAACAGAAGCUGUAGGCUACUGUUAUUUUGCAAGCAGCGAUUUAUARAUUUGCGAGUCUUUUUUGCAUGGCUAGAGUGAAAAAGAUACUGAAAUAAUGUUGUCAUAUUAAAACAGACUAUUAUAAUACUUGACACAUGAAAAAUAAAUUAUUAGAAAUCUGUCAAUG